GUCUCCCUCGUGUGUUUAUUGAUGGUCCCAGUUCAUACUUUAACACGAAAGAGAGGGGAAGGAAAGCAAGAACUGAACAUGAGGCUCAAAGGGACCGCAUCGACGACCACUGUCGCAUCCGUGGAAAAACUCCUAUCCAACGAGUCCUCGCCGUUGGUGAAUCAAACGACAGGGGCGGAGUCCCAACUCGAGUUCCAGAUCAACCCCACGAAGCCCCCGUCGGAGGCGAUCUCGGGUGCGAGCAGCAACGUCAAGUCCCGUCUCUCCGACUUCGACAAGCUGAGCAUGUCCGUGGAACAGAGCAUCGAGGAGGUGAAGAACCCGCUGCACGAGAAGCAGGGCUACUUCCCCAACAUCCUUUCCCCCUCGACCUACGUCCAGAUGCAGCCGGUCAAAAGCUCCCACGUCAAGCGUCAGAAAGCCCACGAGUCCAAGGGAGGAUCCAUGCCGCGACCAGCCCCGGAUCAACAGUACUUUCCGUCGCCUGAGCCCGGCCCACCCGACAUCAACCCUUUCCAGCCUGAAAUCAAAGAGAACGUCAGAUACGUGUACCCAUCAAAUCAAGGACCGAUGACUUACCAUUAUCAGCCACAAAAUAAUGGUGGAUAUUCGUGGGGCUACGCCCCGCAACCCGUCCCUAUAGAUAUUAACCCUUUCCAGAUGAAAAAAAUCCCCCCAAUGGUCUCGUCGAAGAGGAGACCCAACCCUAUGAACAUGCAGCACAAAGAAAUAGCCAAGGAGGAAGCGUCCCUUAAGGUUCCGAACUUCUACAACGAGGUAGGAGAGAACUUUGAGAGCGGGAGCUUCGAGCACAAAUACGCGGACCCGGAGGACGCAGAGGAAACAGAGGGGAACCCUGAGCAGGGAGAAUCCCUGGAAGAGGUGGAGGACGAGAGAGAGCCCACGUACCCGGCGCAGAAAAUAAAAACCAUCAAGGAGGUGUACAGGACCCCGAUCGUCGAAGAGAUAGACUACGCGAAGCACCCCAAAAAGAAGAAAAAACCGCCGGCCUACGUCGAGAACACCGUCCGUCACCAUGAAUUCAGCAUCAAAAACACCUACCCCGCCAACCCGCAAGAGGAACUCAAACCCUCCGAGAUUCCGUCUUUGGAACAGGUCACGAAAUUCGUGCCGCAAGGCCCUCUCCUCCGAGCGCCAUCCACGGGAGUAUCAGCCAGCGUGCGGCUGACUCCCUUCUACACGAUCUACCCGCGGAGCGUGGUGACAUUCCGCCCGGUGAGUCCCCACUACCGACCCCGGUCAAAGGGGGUGACGAUCUUCGUGCGCAACGGCCUGCCACCCUUGCGACUCACCCGGCAGCCCCCGCCGACCUCUGUGACGGUCCACCGGCACCAGCACCGGCACGUGGCGCCCCCGUCGGCGCCCCUCUGCGCCCCCUGCGCCGCCCCGCUCAAGCAGAAGCAGAAGCACGCCUACCCGACGAUCCAGGUCCGCCCGCUGAGCCACAAGGAGGCCGCCAAGCUCUUGAGGAGCACGCAGAAGUACAAGUCGCCCAAGAAGCAGGUCGGGUGUGUCACGAGUGUCCCCUAUCUCGACGGGCGCUAUCGCAUCAACCCCCUGUAUCACUAUGAUUACAACUACCCGCAGAUCAAGGUGCCGAAAGGGUUCUCGACGUACCCGGUCUACUUCCCGCGGUUCCCGUCGGCGCUCCCCCUGAAGAGCCCCUACAAGUUCGUGGAGCCCUCGGUCUACGCGAAGCAGCACUUCUACACGGACUACGCGCGGGCGCCGCUCCUGGAGGCGAAGACCCCGACGGCCGACUACCAGGUGCAGGAGUCGGAGGAGGAGGCGCCGGAGCGGCCGACGGGCGGCGGCGGGGCGGGGGGCGCGGGGUCCCAGGAGGAGUACGGCGGGAGCGAGGAGGAGGACGACGCCAUCCGGAAUCAGAUCGAGUCGGAUUACCAGACGACCAAGUACCACGACGACCAGCACUUCAAGCCCGAGGACGAGAGCCGCACCCGGGAGGUUUACACCGACUACGGCCCCGACGAAGAGGAGUCCAAGAUCAAGACGUCCAAGUUCCAGACCAGGAGGCCGAGGAGCAACUACGCUUACUCCCAUCAGAUCCAUUACUAUUGAGGGGUCACUUAGAGUCAAGACAACACCCCUCAUGGAGU